UCUAGCUGAAAAGAGGUUAUUACCUUUUUUCUAGUAAUAAACAGUUAUUUUUAAACAAUUUAACUUUUUUUUUCGGUAACUGUGUUGUCGCUCUGCGAGUGUGCUUUAUCUCUUCUGAUUGUAAGUGAAGUUGAAAUGAUUUUUUCCUGAUUUUUGACCCAUUUAAAGUGUAAUCCUGACAGCUGUGUGAGUAAUAGGCGGUACCUACAUAAAAAUCCUGGAAAAAAGUAAGUUAACGUAACAGAAUGAUAGUCUGAAAAAAGUACUAUUGACGAAGUAAGGAAAAUGUCGAAAAAUAACUUAAACGGGUCUAGGAGUGUUUCCUCCAAUAGUUUUAACAGUUUCAUGUCUGAUAGUGAGAUUAUUGAUAGUGGUCUCGAGGAUUUAAGUUUAGGUAGCAAAAGUAACAGACCAUCUUCAUCAUCAAGAACACAAAAAGCGAAGAGGAUCAGAUUUUACCAUAAUGGAAAUAAGUUUUUUAAUGGGAUUGUUAUACCAGUGGCACCAGAACGAUACAGGUCAUUCGAUAGUUUAACAUCAGAAUUAACUAAUAUACUAGUUAAAAAUGUUACUUUGCCCAGUGGUGUCAGGAAUAUCUAUACCAUGGAUGGAAGAAAGGUGUGCACGAUAGACGACUUGGAGGAUGGGAAGGAGUACGUGGUGAGCGGGAAAGGGGAGCUUUUCAAGAAGAUCGAAUACACCAAGACCGAUACCCUGAAGUCCAAGAGGCUGUCCAACACGAAAUUCACUGUCCACACCGUGAGCUCGCCCAAGGUGAUACCCCCAGACUGUGUUCGGCCUCGAAUAGUAACUAUUAUUAGGCAUGGGAUUAAGCCCAGGAAGAUCCUACGACUACUACUCAACAAAAGGAACUCGUCCAGCAUGGACCAAGUACUAAGCGCAUUCUCCGAAGUAGCUCAAUUAGCCGUGAGGAAAGUUUUUUCGUUAUCCGGACAACCCGUCGUAGAUCUACCUCAACUGUUUGCCACCGAGGACGUCUUUUUCGUGUACGGCAAUGAGCGGCCCUCGCAGGACGACUUCGAAUUGGAAUUCGAGGAGAGUAAGGCCAUACAGCAGUACAAGAAGACGCCCGGUCUUCGAAAUGGUGCCGGACCCAAGCCGAAAAUGCCUAAGAAGGAGUUGAACAGGACUUACGAAUCUGAGGAAAGUUUGCUGAAGAAACUCAGUGAGGAUAAUAAUAUCAUUCUGCCGUACCCAUUGAAAAAUAAAUAUGUCGUAGGAAGGACGAUAGGAGACGGAAAUUUUGCUGUGGUUAGAUUGUGUAAGGAGUCGUCAACAAAUAAAGAAUACGCCCUGAAAAUUAUUGACAAGUCAAAGUGUAAAGGAAAAGAAGACAUGAUAGAGAACGAGGUAAAGAUUCUCCGGAAAGUGAACCAUCCGAAUAUAAUGGCGCUAAUAGCCGAGCAAGACACGAAAUGUAUGCUUUAUUUGGUCUGCGAAUACGUAGCAGGCGGAGAUCUGUUUGAUGCAAUAACGGUGGCCCAGAAGUUCCCCGAAGACCAAGCCGCCCUGAUGAUCAAUCACUUAGUGUCGGCGUUAGCCUACCUACACAAUCUCAAUAUUGUUCAUCGCGACGUUAAACCCGAAAAUCUCUUAGUCGAGGUGGAUGGUAACAGAGUUGUGUACUUGAAGUUAGGAGACUUCGGCUUGGCUUGCGAAGUGACGAGACCCUUGUUCACUGUCUGCGGUACUCCGACUUAUGUGGCGCCUGAAAUACUAGCGGAAUCGGGAUAUGGGCUAAAGAUAGACGUGUGGGCCGCUGGGGUCAUUCUCUAUAUCCUUCUCUGCGGCUAUCCGCCCUUCGUCAGCCAGGACAACGACCAAGAGAAACUGUUUGACUGCAUUCUGUCCGGCCAGUACGACUUCCCCGACGAGUACUGGCAUGAAGUCUCUGCCUCCGCCAAGGAACUGAUCCAGCACAUGCUCCAGCUGGCGCCCGAGCUACGGUUCUCCGCCGAGGACGUCCUGGACCACCCCUGGCUACAGCUUGCUAACUGUUAAAAUAAGCGCCUUUAUUUUUUUAAUUGGAAUUAUGUACAAAUCCACUUAGCUGCAAUAGUUCGAGCGAUGAGGGGCAGAAGUAGGCAAGUAGAAACGAUAUAAUAUCGAGUUGACUCGGACCGAGAAAUACGAGAUUUAUAUAUUGUACAUAAAGCACGCAUAAACGACUUCCAUUUUUUGAUACGUAGAUAGUCGUUAUUUUUUGGCGUAGUAAGAGCGACGGGAAUGAAAUUUCACCAUGCUCUCGACAAAUAUUCACGGUUUGGGAAAUUUGGUUUGCUCGUGGAAUUAAAAUUAAAAAUUUUGAAUCAUUUUUUUAUAGGCUUGCUAUUGUUUUUUCGAGAUCGGUUCCUACUUCUCAUUAUUCUUCCGCUUCAUUUCUAAUUAUUCCUCUUAAUAUCUUCUCGUGCUCCUCAUUAUACUCCUUCCAUUUCUAUUCUUAGUUAUUCUUCUUUGCAUUUGUCUCAUAUUCGUUUUCAAAUCCUAACUAUUCCUCUUCAUUUUUUUGUGCUUAUUAUUUGUCUUCAAUUUCCAAUUAUUUCUCUUUAAAUUUUUCUCAUAUUUCUUUCUCUUCAAUUCAUAAUUAUUUCUCCUCGAGAAUGCAAUAAAUAAGUAAGGAGAAUAAUGCAAAGAGGUAUAAUUAGGUGUUGAGGAAAGAGAAGCACAAUGAGAAGAACGUAAAGAGUAAUUAGGAAUUAAAGAAGAGAAAUAAUGAGAGGCACGAGAAGAAUCCAAAGAGGAAUGGUUAGGAACUGAAGAAGACAAAUAAGGAGAAACAUGAGAAGAAGAAUGUAAAGAAGAAUAAUUGAAAAUUGAAGAUGUGUUUUCUCCAAUCCUCAAUUAUUUCUUUUUACAUUCUCCUCAUUAUACUUUAAUUUCUAAUUAUUUAUUUUUACGUUCUUCUCAUACUUCUCAUUAUUUGUCUUCUUCAAUUCUUAACAAAUUCAUUUACACUCUUCUCAGUUCUUAUUUCUCCUUUUUAAUUCCUAAUUCCUUGUUAUAAUUCUUCCCGUCAUACUACUUUCUCUUCAAUUAUUUUUCUCAUGCUUCUCAUUAUUAUAUUAUACUUUUUUUUCAAUUCCUGAAUGUUCUUCUCAAGCUGCUUAUUCAUCUUCCAUCCUAACAAUUCUUUGCAUUCUUGUCACUAUUCCUUUCCCUCUUGAAUUCUUGAUUAUUCUUCUACACGUUUUUCUCGUUCUUCUCAUUAUUAUUCAUGCGCUUCUCUUUAUCUCUCUAGUUCUUUGAUGUAAAUUAUUCCGGAUAUCAAGGGUUUUGGGCCCUGAAUGAUGUUCAAUAGCAAGUUUAUAAUCGUACUACCCAGGAAACCUGAAUGAUUUGUUGCGAUGUUACGAAAAAACUUUGACAAUACUUGAGGUUUGCAUUCUGCCUAAAAAAAAUUUGUGAUGUAUGGAUUUUAAAAUAGUUUAUAGCGUUUUUUAUUAAUUAACAGGAAUUGUCCGAUGAUGCAAUGCCGACAUGUUUCUCACACAAGCGUGUGAUUUUAUUCGGUUCUGGCAUUAACCAGUUAGGGGCGUAGCCGGGAAGGCCGAUUUGUAAUUUAUUCACAAUUUAUGUGCUCAUUUACUAAUCACUACGUGAAAUGUCCCGAAAGCAUUUUUAAAAGCAUAUCAUUACACCUAGGCUUUUUAACCAAAGCUUUACUUUGAAUUUUGUGAUCUUUAUACGACGUAUACACGAAAAUUAUAUUAUACCAAAGUGCAUUUUUUAUAUCACGGUAUUAUUAUUGUUAAUACGAAAUUGGAGUACCCCC